AUGUCUGAUGAUAUUUAUGACGAUGCCUUCGGGACAGAGACUGAGGGAAUGAAGAGAGAGAGAAUGGAGAUGACGGUGGAUAUCUAUGAGAGUGCAGAUCAUGUGAGAGAUUAUGAUUUCAAGACAGAGACAAAUACCCACAAACCACUUCAGCGUACAGGAAGUGAUUCAGCAAAGAGCAGAAGCUCCAGAGCAGCUGUAGUGUGUUUGGUUCUGCUGUGUGUUCUUCUGCUGACUGCAGUCAAAGUGCUGUGUGUCCACAUCCAUACAAACAACACAAACUACACAGAAGAGACAAAACAGCUACUAACCAAUGAUACCAAUCUCACAGAAGAAGGAGACCAAGAUGAGCUAAUAAUAAAGAAUGCAAAUCUGUUGAACAAGACAGACCAGCUAAUAAAUCAGCUUUCAAUUCUUGGUAAAGAAGCUGAAUGGAUUUACUAUCAAUCCAGUUUUUACUACAUGUCCAAUAAGACAAAGAACUGGACUGAGGGCAGACGAGACUGUGAGAAAAAAGGAGCAGAUCUGAUCAUCAUAAACAACAAUGAGGAACAAGAUUUUGUAACGAAAAUUACUGAUAAAAGAGAAUUCUGGAUUGGUGUGACUGACAGUGAUGUGGAGAAAACAUGGAAAUGGGUUGAUGGCAGCACACUGACCACUGGGUUCUGGGCAUCCGGUGCAGACAUUACAGAGCCAAAUGGAGGAACAGCAGAGAACUGUGCUGUGACUUAUUUAAAACAGAAACAUGAUGUAUCAGGGUGGCAUGAUGUUAAAUGUAAUGAUGCUUAUCAAUGGAUCUGUGAGAAGAGUAUUUUACCUCUCAUACGGAACAUGGAUUUUUUUUAUGGGGUGACCCAAGUUUAA